AAUGUAAAACAUUAAUUCCCCAAUAAAGAAAUUUAAAAAAAAACCCAGGGCAACAAAAUGGAAUAAAUAAAUAUUAAAAAAACAAACAAACAAACAAAAAAAAGAAAGCGAAACUUAUACAACAGGCCCAAGGUUUUUUUGUUUCUUUUUUUUUUUUUUUUUUAUCUUCCUUUUUCAGAAGCAGCUUCUCAGAGAAAGGAAAACCCCAAACUUCAGCCCACUGCAAACCAAACCUAAACUUUGCAGCAGCUCAGGGAAGAGGCAGAAGCAUCUGAGGUUGAUUUCAUGGCAACCUGUUUUGUUCAACCCAUGGAGAAAUUUCGGGAGGUGCUGAACUUGCUCUUCAAGUACCGUACCGCCAUGGGCUACAGCCUGGUGACCCUGCUGACCGCGGGCAGCGAGCGCAUCUUCUCCACCACUGUAUUCCAGUGCCCCUGCAGCGCCACUUGGAAUCUGAGCUACGUUCUGGUCUUCCUGCUGGUGCCCGCACUGACUCUCUUCAUCCUGGGCUACGUGCUGAAAUCACGCACCUGGCGCCUGCUGACCGGCUGCUGCAAGCAUCGCUCCAGCAACCUCACCACAGGGCAGAGCUGCCGGGAGUUUUGGGAGAUCACCCUGUUUGCAUUGGUGGCGCCCUUCACCUGGUGCGCUGUGGCAUUGCUCGGGGGCACCUUUUAUGAGUGCGGCGCCAGCGCGGUCCCCUCCAUAGCCCGACGCGUAUGUGCAGGCAAGAAAGGCAACUGCACGGAAAUGCUGCCCAAAGUGCCCUGCCUGCAGAACGUGGAGCCCGACCUGCAGGACCUUCUGCGGGAGCUCCGCGCCCAGUCGCAGGUUUGGGGCUGGAUAUUGAUAGCCCUUAUUAUCAUUUGCCUUCUGAUUGUGAAAUGUAUUGUACGAUGCAUAUAUCCAGCCAGCUUUCAGUACUUGAAAUUUCUGAAAAUCUAUGAGAAUCAAGAGAAGAAGAUCCUUAAGACUGAAGCAAAACAAUGUGCAACAGAAAUGGCCACAGUGAAUGUGAAGUGUUUCUUUGAGCAGAAAACUCUGGAUGAAUCCAGUAUCCAGAGCACCAUCCCAAACCUUGAUGCCUGGAAGCAAAUCUCAUUGCCAUAUACUUUCAAUAGUGAGGAACCAUACUACAGUUUACUGCACAAAUACGUCAGCAGGAAAGACAAAAGUACUGUUACCAGCUCUUCUAAAAAGGAUACAAUGGUUACUACUUUUACCUUUGAAGAUUCAGAGGCUAGGGACAAUGAUAACUCAUGAUUUUGUGAAUAGAUUAAAAAACCUAAAAGUUACUGUUUCACUAAAUAUAAAAAUGUUUAUUGUUUAUUAUUGCUUUUUAAUUUUAUUUUUCCCUUAUUUUUAUUGUUGUAUUAUUAUUGUUGUUGUUGUUAUUGAUAUUGUCGUUGUUAAGCCAGAGAGAAAUGGAAAGAGGAGGGGAAGACAGAGAAGGGGAGAGAAAGACACCUACAGACCUGCUUAACCAUUGUGAAGCGACUCCUCUGCAGAUGGGGAGCCCCAGGCUCAAACUGGGAUCAUUACAUCUUCUGUGCUUAACUGUGCUACCGCCUGACUCCCUAUUAUUGCUUUUUAAAAUAGCUACCAAACUGUAGAAUAAUGACAUUUUAUUUUGAAAAUAAUAAUUUGGAACUUUAUAUCUUUAUAAUUAUGAAAAAGAAAAGCCAAGUUAAAUAAUUCACUCAAAGUGACAAAUUUGAAUUUUAUUCAAGAUUUUAUAUCCCAAGUCUGUAGUCUUUUAAAAAUAUUUUAUUGGGAGUCUGGCAGUAGCGCAGCAUGUUAAGCGAAUAUGGCGCAAAGCACAAGGACCGGUGUAAGGAUCCAGGUUGGAGCCCCCAGCUCCCCACCUGCAGGGGAGUUGCUUCACAGAUGGUGAAGCAGGUCUGCAAGUGUCUAUCUUUCUCUCCUCCUCUCUGUCUUCCCCUCCUCUCUCCAUUUCUCUCUGUCCUAUACAACAACAAUGACAACAAUAAUAACUAUAACAAUAAGGACAACAAAAGGGAAUAAAUAAUAAUGAUAAUAAUAAUAAUAAUAAUAAUAAUAAUAAUAAUAAUAAUAAAUGGUAAAAACAUUUUAUUAAGGGCCAGGUAGUGGCAUACCUGACUGC